AUGUCUUUCUUCGGUGGUGGUAUGCAAGGUCAACAGACCGUCAAUCCUCAAAACAUUGCCAUGGCAGAACAAGAACUUGACAUGGUCACUGAUUUGUUCAACCGUAUUGUCGAUUCUUGCCAUUCAAAGUGCAUUUCCAAGGAAUACAAUGCCAACGACUUGACGCAAAGUGAAGCUGUGUGUAUCGACCGUUGUGUUGCCAAGUUUUUCGAUUCGUAUCAAAAAGUGGGCGAAAAGAUGCAGCAGAUGGGUCAAGCCAACAUGCCCAAAUAA